UCGCGGCAGCACCGGUUUAGCUGUCGGUAUUCAAGUGCAAAGAAGAAGAGGAGGCGCCAUCGGACCCGGAAGGACAAAUCAGUGGCUGGGUAGAAGGACGGGUACGUGUUGUACCUUGCUGGAGGGAAAGAUGCUGACCAAUAUUUCCACCGUACUAAGGGCCUGCGCUCAGAGAAAUGGAGCUGCAGCGGUUGUGUCGGCACGAAACUAUGCUGACUUCACCUCCCAGGCUACCUUUGAAAUAAAGAAAAGUGACGUCUUCAAGCUGGACGAGGCCCCCGCCACUGAGGUGGUUAUGACCCGGGAUGAGGGGCUGCAGUACUACCGCACCAUGCAGACUAUGAGGCGGAUGGAGCUGAAGGCAGAUCAGCUUUACAAGCAGAAGAUCAUUAGAGGGUUCUGUCACUUGUAUGAUGGCCAGGAAGCUUGUGCUGUAGGGAUCGAAGCAUCGAUUAAGCCAACAGACCACCUGAUCACAGCGUACCGUGCACACGGCUACACUUUAACAAGGGGGGGGACUGUCAAGGAGAUCAUGGCUGAACUCACUGGCAGAAGAGGUGGUAUUGCAAAGGGCAAGGGAGGCUCUAUGCAUAUGUAUUGUAAAAAUUUCUAUGGUGGAAAUGGGAUCGUCGGGGCUCAGGUUCCUCUGGGUGCUGGCGUGGCACUAGCCUGCAAAUAUAAGGGAUCUGACGAGCUGUGUGUCUGUUUGUAUGGUGAUGGCGCUGCCAACCAGGUAAGACACAGAUCGCUGCCAUUUAUUUGUUUUGAAUUUUCACAACGUUGA